GCUGAUAACGCGGUUGAUGAUAACAUGGAUCCACCGGGCUAUUCCCGACUCCCGAGCAAAAAGCAGCAGGAAAACGCCAGCAAUUCGUUAUUCUCUCUCCAAAUUGAUUUUUUGCUGCUGCAAUUGAUAUAGAUUUUUGUUGCCCUAUCCGGCCACUGCAUAACAGCCUCGUUGCAGCCGCCCAGAACUCACAGCAACCUAGCAACCACCUGUCGGCCGAAAAGCGAAACCGCAGCACACGAUGAGCCAGUCCGGCGACUACGACGCUGUGCGCAAAGACAUUGUCGCUCAGCUCAAAAAGCCUGAUUAUGACGAUGGCAGCGCCGGUCCGGUAUUCGUGCGACUCGCCUGGCACUCCGCCGGUACAUAUGACGUCGCAUCCGACACUGGCGGUUCAAACGGUGCUGGCAUGCGAUACGAAGCAGAGGGAGGAGACCCAGCUAAUGCUGGUCUGCAGGUUGCGCGAGCAUUCCUUGAGCCCGUGAAAGAACGACACCCGUGGAUCACAUACUCCGAUCUCUGGACAUUAGCUGGUGUAGUCGCUGUGAAAGAGAUGGGAGGGCCCGACGUCAAGUGGCUUCCUGGCCGAACAGAUUUCGUAGACGACAGCAAAUUGCCUCCGCGCGGCAGGCUGCCUGACGCCGCCCAAGGCGCUGACCAUCUCCGUCACAUCUUCUACCGUAUGGGAUUCAACGACCAAGAGAUCGUUGCGUUAUCUGGAGCACACAAUCUGGGCCGCGGGCACAAGGACCGCAGUGGCUUCGACGGACCAUGGGUGAACAAUCCCACGCGUUUCUCCAACCAAUACUUUCGGUUACUCCUCAACCUCGAGUGGAAACCAACCACGCUGUCAAACGGCGUCAAGCAGUUCAACUACAGCGAUCCUGAUGCGCCGGCCGACGAAAAGGAAGAGCCAUUGAUGAUGCUGCCCACCGACAUGUCGUUGCUCUCGGACUCUUCGUUCCUGCUAUGGGUCAAGAAAUACGCCGACGACAAGGAUCUUUUCUUCCAGCACUUUGCCGAUGUCUUUGGCAAGCUGUUGGAGUUAGGCAUCAAGCGCGACGACAAGGGCAGCGUGAUCAACACCGAUAAUGUGCGCGGCGGAUACGUGUCGGCACCGAAGAAGAGCACUGUUCCAGAGGGACCGCUGAAGUCGGAAGGACAACGGCAGCAGAUUGUUGAGCGGGCCAGGUUGUAGGUCUGUUUGUAUUUGUUUGUAUUUGUUUGUAUCUGUU